AUCUAGUUUUUUUGCAAAAAUAUAUGCUGAACUGCGAAUCCCAAAUUAGACAAGAAUCAAAAUUAACUAGAUGAAGUUGAAAUGAGCUUUCUAAUUCAAUUCAUACAAAGUUUUAUACAAAAAAUGCUUGCACUUUUGUCGUUUGGACAAAAAACUAUUAAAAACAGUUUAAGUAUUUAUAUUAAAACUAACACUGGACGAACUUUAUCAGUGGAUUUAGAACCGCAGUGGGACAUAAAAAAUGUUAAGGAAAUUGUAGCCCCGAAAUUGGGUUUGCACCCCGAAGAAGUAAAAAUCAUAUUUGCUGGUAAGGAAUUAAGUGAUGCAACAACCAUUCAGGAAUGUGAUUUGGGUCAACAAAGUAUAUUACAUGCGAUACGGAGUCGUCCGCUACCACAACGACCACGUUUACAAUCCACGGUUUUGGAGGAGGAGCCUCAAGAUAUUGCUAACAUAUCAACUUCUACUGGCAGAGCAACACCUUCACUUUCAGAAGAACCAUCAAAACCAUUAUGUGAAACAUUAGUAGAUUUACAACUACUAUCCGAAGAACGAGAGAAUAUUACUGACGAAGAUCGGCAACGUUCAAAGGCCCACUUUUUUGUACAUUGCGUGCAAUGCAAUAAGCUGUGUAAGGGUAAGCUGCGUGUUCGCUGCUCACUUUGCAAAGGAGGUGCAUUUACAGUGCAUCGUGAUCCUGAAUGUUGGGAUGAUGUAUUAAAACCACGACGCAUAACCGGUCAUUGCGAGAGCCAAGAAAUUGCGUGUUUUGAUAAUGAAACGGGAGACCCGCCAUAUACUGAAUUUUAUUUUAAAUGUGGUGAACAUGUAUCUGGUGGUGAAAAGGAUUUCGCUGCUCCUUUGAACUUAAUUAAAAUCAAUAUUAAAGACGUACCUUGUUUGGCGUGUACAGAUAUUAGUGAAACUGUUCUUGUCUUCCCAUGUGAAUCGAAACAUGUUACCUGCCUAGAUUGUUUUGAGCAAUAUUGUCGUUCACGUCUAUCCGAGAGACAAUUUAUGCCGCAUCCGGAUAUUGGGUAUACCUUACCCUGUCCAGCGGGAUGUGAAAACUCUUUUAUUGAGGAGGUUCAUCAUUUUAAGCUUUUGUCCCGCGAGGAGUAUGCAAGAUAUCAACGUUUUGCAACGGAAGAAUAUGUAAUGCAGGCUGGCGGUGUAUUGUGCCCGCAACCUGGCUGUGGCAUGGGGUUAUUAGUGGAACCCGACUGUAAGAAAAUAACCUGCCAAAACGGAUGUGGGUAUGUCUUCUGUCGCAAUUGUUUGCAAGGAUACCAUUUAGGCGAGUGCUUGCCGGAAGGUACCAAUGCUAAUGCAAGCGGAUCUUGUGAAUAUUCAAUUGAUCCAAAUCGUGCAGCUGAGGCUCGUUGGGAUGAAGCAAGCAAAGUAACUAUCAAAGUCAUGACUAAACCUUGCCCGAAAUGUCGAACGCCAACUGAGCGAGAUGGCGGCUGUAUGCAUAUGGUGUGCACAAGGGCCGGCUGUGGUUUCGAAUGGUGCUGGAUUUGCCAAACGGAAUGGACUAGGGAUUGCAUGGGUGCACAUUGGUUUGGAUAAAAGAGACAAGUAUAUAUAUGCCUUUAUAUACAUAUUACAUUAGUAUGCUAUGCUAAAAAAAUUUACAUAGUAUUUAUGUAUUAUGUUUCGAUUCGUAUUUUUAUAAAAGAACUUAUAAAGUCAACAUUGUUGGAAUUGUUAAAACAAAAAAAUACUAAUAGGAAAUAAAGUUAAAGUGACUAACCAAAAAUAACAAAUAAAGUUUAAAACAAUUCUUUAACAACUGUAAGAAACAAAUCCAGUUAAACUCA